AACUAUCCCGAAACGCGACAGUAUAGUGAUGGCUUUGCCAACAUAGACAGGGUUAUGGAUUAUAAUUGGCUCUACUAGUCCUUUCGAUGUGCUAUUUUCUUGUGGGAGGUACCUACGACGUGUAAAGGGGUUUGAUGCCCAUUCUGUAUUGACCUGCUUUUUCCGUCGUCUCCCAGAUGCUCUAAGUUUUCCAAAUUUGGACAAACGUUUGGUUCAAAAGUCUACUUUUGGGAUUUGGGAGGCAGCAAACAUUUUCCCAUCAAUCGAAGCCGUUUAUUGUCUCUUCUCGUUGGUACUUUGCCCUGGCUACUGAGAUCAAUUACUUUUCGACUGUCUUCAUAUUGGCCGAAAAGCUUCAGACAUGGCGUUCAGAAGACCUGUCUGCUUCAUGUGUCUUCUUUUCAUCCUGUCCGCUCCGGCGACGUUUGUCCAAUCUUCUGUUAGUGCACUAAGUGGGACAGAGUUCGUCUUUGCCCCCAUGCCGAAUCAUCCAAAUUACAUAAUACAUUCCAUUAUCGGUAUGAUCCUUCAAGGAACUACGAAUGAAUCAACCACCGUGCAUAUAUCACUUCCUGGAAAAUCUCUCGAGGAACGAAUCACUUUAACACCGGGUUCAGGUCCCCGUAAGUACCCGCUACCGAGAGAACUUAUUCACCAAACAACAUCAGGGCCCAUUGAUUCUACAGUUCAUGUGGUCUCCAACAAAGCCAUUACUGUUGUUCACUAUAACCUUGAUCCAUCGAAUUCGGAUAUGUUCACCGUAAUGCCCUCAGAGUCUUUAGGCCAGGAAUAUUUCAUAGCAACAAUAACGUGGGGAGGUAACCCGACGGAAGGUAGCGGUGUUGUGACAAUAUCGUCGCUUGGGGAAGGUGUCUCUGUCGAAAUUCAUAUGACCUCUACGGUGCAGUUUGUUGACGAGACGUUUGAUGCUGGUGACGUGUUCCGAUAUACUCUUCAUCCAUUUAAAUCAAUACAGCUCCUUCCGCAGUUUACAGGCAUCACUGGAACAAGAAUCAUCACAAACACAUCAAUCGCUGUAAGCACAGGAGCGAAAUGUGCAAACGUCCCUGAAGGUGUUCAAUACUGUGACCAUAUAGCUGAACAACUAGCUCCGUUCACGUCAUGGGGAAAGAUGUUCCUGUUGAGCCCUUUUGUCAGUCGUGGUUCGGGUUAUGUUUUCCAAGUUGUAACAGGUCGCGAUCAAACCACUGUCCUCUAUGGCAACAUAGUUCUGAGGUUGAACAUGGGUGACUUUCGAACAAUAGAUGUACCAUCUCAGACCAUGACGUUUGUCUCUGCUGACAAACCAAUAACCGUUAUGCAGUAUCCCAAAGGGAGAAGAAGUGACGGAACUGAUAAUAGUGACCCAUCAAUGAUUCGGGUUUCGCCGAUUGAGCAGUAUGUUCAGGAGGCUACUUUCCCGGUUCAUGAGUUUGGUGAAGAGUACACGUAUAUUGAAAGCAUUCAUCUUGAACUCACGGCAGAAUGCAAACACCUCAAGAACAUCUCCAUCUUCAAAGACUACCAAUCGUUGUCGUUGACAUGGAAUGAAAACUACUCUAUGGAGAUACUGGACGGGACAAGGAUGUGCUCACAGUGGGCAGUGGUCAGUGGCGGAUCAUAUCUUCUGCGAAGUCAACAGAAGACCACCACAGAGGGUCAAGCAUUCUAUCCCAGGUUUCGUGCUGUUGUCUACGGGACCGGUCUAGGCGAAUCUUACCUGUACAGCGCAGUCUCCAGUGAUAGACCGUUGACCUGCAGCUUUAACCCUAGUGGAGCAGGGCCUGCAGAAGAACACGAUUGUCCAAUUUUUGUUAAUCCCGAAGUGGUGUCCUUAAUGGCGACUCAGCUCAACAUCACUUGGAGCACAAGUCCAGGCAACACUGGUCUCUUCGAAUCAUGUUCGGUCUCCAUAACCAGUGAGGAAGGCAUCACCAGAGCCGUUGCUAUAACAACCCAUCCACCAGCGACACUAUCAGGACUUUACCCAUACACAGAGUACAAGUUCUACAUGAACUGCUCAAACAGCUUAGGAAUGCGAACCCGACUGGAGUUUCCAGCUCAAACUACACUGAAAGCUGAGCCCCAUCCACCUACCAACGUACUGGUAACGGAAGUGACGCAAACAUCAGCUGUUGUAUCAUGGGAACCCCCUCGUGUAACCAGAGGGAAUGGAACAGUCGACGGAUACGUGGUCUUCACAGAGCUUCAGAACUGUUUGUCCAGCUCAUGCUCCACGGUGUUGAAAUAUUUUAAGACAGAAGCGGUGAGCCAAAAUCUACAUUUGGAUCCGUUUGCCACAUACAGAGUAAUUGUCAUUGCAUACACCAUUGACUCGAGAAUACCUAGUCCCGGGGAUAUACUGAACAGUUCACAGGCGACAAGCGAGGAAUUCACAACAUUGAAAGCCGAACCGGGUCCUCCUAACAACGUAUCGGUCAAGGAAGUGACAGAGUCUUCAGCCAUCGUCUCCUGGACACAACCACUGUUCAGCCAUGGACCUGUGGACGGGUACACUGUGUAUGCUGUCCCUGUAAGCUGUUCUUCACUCUCAUGUACAACAGAUACAACAGAUGUAACUGCCAAUAUUUUGGAACAUACUUUGGUCCUUCGGCCUUACCUUUCGUACAGAGCUGUUGUGGUAGCGUUUGCAUUAGAGCUACGGAUAUCUGAUCAUAUGAAGCUGAAUAGUUCAUUGGCCUACAGUGAGAUCUUUACAACAUUGCAAACAGUUCCAGUAAAACCACCUACACCAACCAUCGUAUCUGGUGGCAUCAGAGAUUACAGUUUUGACAUCAACAUACCGGCUUAUCGCAAUCCAAAUGGACCUAUCAGUUGCUUUGAAGUCAUCGUUGUUCAGCUGUAUGAUGAAACAACUAGUAUUAAUUCCAAUGACAAUGCUUACGGCAUUAACAAUACGAGGGACUACAGCAUCGCAAGAAACCGGAUAGGAACCCCGUUCAGUGCGAUGGUCUUCUCGACCAUUCCAGCUGGCAAUGUGAUCACAGUGGGCUCUCGAUAUGAAGUUCAAUCUGAAUGCAACACUUGGGGCGAAGCAAAUGAAGAUCAUCGAAAAAGACGAGCUACUGUGAGAGCAACGACCCUGCAUUCAACCGGUGGUCCUUUGAAUCCGGACAGCUUUUAUUCCUGCUUUAUCAGAGUGUACUCACCUUCUCAUCAAGAUGGGGAUGUUUAUUUUGUGAAUGGACCAUUCAUAGAACCAAUUCGACUCAAAGUUGAAGUUCCUGGUAGUGGCACACAUGUGACUUUGACAAUAGUUUGUAUAGCUGUGACUCUUGUCGUCAUCGGAGUCAUCGUGAUAUUCAUCUGUCUCCGUAAACGAAAAAGAUCUCGACGGCAAAGGAACAGGGGUUCCCCCGCUGCUCCGGCAGGCUUCACCACGACUCACCGAAUGUGCACAGACCCGUUACCGGCAGCACAUUCAACAACAAGCACGGGAAACCAACAAGUAGACCAUUCAUACCACGAAUAUCAACCGUCAAAACCUAUUAAUCAAACUGUGAAUAACGACCUUGUCGAAGGGGAAUACGAAUUCAUGAUAUACAAGAGCGACACUAGGGUUCUUCAAUUGUAAAUUGUUGCACAGUGAGGAAAUAUUUUGCUUUAUAUUUGCCAUCAAACUCUGUGAAAUUGUAAUAAUGCAAUUUGUACCAGAAUAGUUGUAAGAAAAGAACCUUAAAUAAAGUGAGGAGCAGGCCAGGGAAGGGCGAACGGGAGUUUUUAAAUUUCAAACAGGAAAAUGGCCUUUAUAAUUAUUUCCUAUUUUAAUUUUCAAAUAGUAUUUUAAUAUUAAC